UGCAGUGAAUUGAGUGUUUAGGAGACUAAUUUCUAUAAUGAAAACAAAUUGCUAGUUUAUUACACGGGCGUUAAAGUGAAGUGUACACACGGCUGAGCAGCCUGAGAAGCAUGAGAUAAAGCGAAUAGAAGAAGCUUAGUAGAAUUCGAGCGACGAAAGCAACAAAUACAACGGUGCAAAAGUGUGCGGCGUACGCUAACAUGGCGAUGACGGUUUGACGGGCAUAUUAAUAACGGGAAAUGCAUGAAAAUUAAACAAUAAACAAAUUGUUUGUUACGCAAUCAAUGAAAGAAAGUGCAAAAUAACAAAAGACAAUAAUUUAUAAAGCGGAAAUAACAUAGCGUGUAAGGGAAACACAAAGCAAAGUGGUUAAAGCAAAAACCACGGAGGAAAAAAUCGACGUGCGUAGGACCUCUGUGUGCGCUUUGCCAGGAUACACACAGCGGGUGCCACCCAAAAACAAAAGAAAAAAAAAACCAAAGCGAAAGCGAAGAAAUAUUUACUGCCAGCAAGUAUCCUUACCAGCGAGCUUAUUAACGGCACCAAAUCAGACAUUCAGCAAAUAAAAAGUGUACUUGUUGUUGUUGUAUGUAAAUAACGCAUACGUGCUGCAGCAGUUCUAAGCGUAGCAAUGUCUAAAACGCCGUCAUUCGAUAAAGAUCGUGACUACAUCGGCUUUGCCACCCUACCCGAGCAGGUGCAUCGGAAAUCAGUAAAACGUGGUUUUGAAUUUACGCUCAUGGUUGUCGGUGAAUCAGGCCUAGGCAAGUCGACGCUGAUCAAUAGUCUGUUUCUCGGUGACCUAUACAAAAAUCGAGUAGUACCAAAUGUUGAAGAGCGGCUCGAGAAAACGACGCGUGUCGAAAAGAAGACAAUGGAUAUAGAGGAACGCGGUGUGCGCUUACGCUUAACGGUGGUGGAUACACCCGGUUUCGGUGACGGCAUCAACUGUGAGGACAGUUGGCGCGUCUGUACCGCCUACAUCGACGAGCAGUUCCGUCAAUAUUUCACAGACGAGAGUGGACUGAAUCGUCGCAAUAUACAGGAUAAUCGUGUGCAUUGUUGUUUGUACUUUGUGCCGCCGUGGGGCCACAGUCUACGCCAGAUGGAUCUGGAUCUCAUUAGGCGCCUACACCGCAAAGUCAAUAUAGUGCUGGUGAUCGCCAAGGCGGAUUGUCUGACCAAAAAUGAGGUGCGCAAACUCAAGGAGCGCAUACUGCAAGAUCUGGAGGAUAACAAAAUACAGUUAUAUCAGUUUCCCGAAUGCGAUUCGGACGAAGAUGAUGACUUCAAACAGCAAGAUCGCGAUCUAAAAGCAUCGAUACCAUUCGCCGUCGUCGGCAGCAACACGAUACUUGAGGUGGCGGGCAAAAAGGUGCGCGGCCGCCAGUAUCCCUGGGGUGUGGUGGACGUGGAAGAUCCCGAACAUAGUGAUUUCAAUAAAUUACGCACUUUCCUUAUCUCGACACACAUGCAAGAUCUGAAGGACACCACACAGGAUGUGCACUACGAGAACUUCCGUGCACAAUGCAUCUCACAGAUAUCGCAACAUGCGCUCCGAGAGCGCGGCAAAUUGAAGCGCGACUCGAUUAGCUCGACCAAUGGUUUUGAUGCGGCCAUUUCGGAAACCGAUCGUCUGUUGUUGCAGAAAGACGAAGAGAUACGACGCAUGCAGGAUAUGCUCACGCAGAUGCAGGAGAAACUCAAGCAGACACAUUUGAUGGAGAUGAAGAAAAACGACAGUGUCAUCGAUGUUUAAGCGCAAACAAAGAAAGAGAAAGGGAGAGAGAGAGAGAGAGAGAGAGAGAGAGAGAGAGGUAGAGAAAGAGAGAGAGGGUGCUACAGAGUAACCAGCAGAGAGCAGCUUGUUUGGAGGAGUAAAAUUACUUUGUAGGCGUGAGCUCGAACCCCAGUAAAUCCAAAAACUACCAAUAUUUCGCGCACAACUGUACAACACUGAGUAUUUAUGAUUUGGCAAAUACUUUUUUAAAGUAAUGCUAGAAGCACAGACACAUACAAAUAUACAUAUAUUACAAUAUAGAGUACACACAAUUAGCUUAGUUUGAGCUUAAAUUCAACCAAACAGAGUUAGGUUAGGUUCCCUUGCACAAAUACUAGGCGCACCAAAGUGUUUUCCGAGCUCAUUUAGACUUCGAUUUUCAUUUUCGAAAUUUGGCCACACACAUACCAGUGCAUAAAAUAAGAAUAUAUUGUCAAAUAUAAAGGAAAACAACGAUCAGCAUUUAAGCAUUAUUUCGAAGCGUCGAUAAUCCCAAAAAUUGGCAAAAUAUUUAUUCCACCACACACUCACACACAAAUCCAUAUAAAUGCAUUCCCAAUCCAUCAUUACGAAAGUGUAAGAUUUAUGUAGUCUGCAAAACGAAUAAGCGGUUUUUUUUAGAAUCCAAACGUUAGCGGUAUUCACAAGCGUUAAAUAGCUACUUACUAAUCAAUUGCAUAUUAGAAGCGAUCAUAUUUAAACGAAAAAUAUAUAAUUACAAAUAAUAAUAAAAAUAAAUUUACAACAACAUUUUCGAAAAUAGCGA